AUGAUUCCAUCGUCAAUACUUAAAAGAACGGUUCAAAGGGCACCAAAAUUCAUCACCCCUAAAUCCUUGCCAAUCAGGUCAUUCACUCAGUCCACCGUGAGAUACAUUGCUCAUGAAGAAGACCUUGUAGAUCUCAAAACAUUACCAAGAAAAGAAGAACCUGAAAUUUAUGUUCCCUUAAUAAACCCAACUGAAAGAUAUAAAGUACAAAUUGAAGAAUUACACAAGUUUGGUACUUAUAUCAUGGCAUGCUUACCUAAAUUCGUUCAACAGUUUUCUGUAUGGAAGGAUGAAUUGACAAUUUAUGUUGCUCCAUCUGCAUUAAGACCAGUCAUGUCAUUUUUAAAAUAUCACACUUCAGCCCAAUUUAAAGCAUGUAUGGAUGUCACUGCUGCUGAUUACCCUUCAAGAACUAAUAGAUUUGAUGUUGUUUAUAACUUGUUGUCAGUUAGACACAAUUCAAGAAUAAGAGUGAAGACUUAUGCCAGCGAAACCAGCCCUGUUCCUUCAGUUACACCUUUGUUCAAUGGUGCCAAUUGGUUCGAAAGAGAAACUUAUGACUUGUUUGGUGUUUUCUUCACCGGCCACCCAGAUUUAAGAAGAAUCAUGACUGAUUAUGGUUUCGAAGGUCAUCCAUUAAGAAAAGAUUUCCCAACUACUGGUUAUACUGAGGUCAGAUACGAUGAAGAAAAAAAGAGAGUUGUAUAUGAACCAUUGGAAUUGACCCAAGCUUGGAGAAAUUUCACUGUUGGUUCAUCUGUUUGGGAACCAGUUGGUGAUGGACAAGAUUUUACUCCAGAAAACUUUAAACUACCAACUCCAGAACCAGAACCAGAGAACAAGGAAGAAAAGAAGUAA